UUUAUACGGUGGGUUUUGAAUUUCUGUUGAACAAUAAAGAAAGCUGACAAAGAGGAGCAAGCAAGAUCAAGACAAAGAUCUUCUUUUGCAUCAAGACAACACUAGAGUUUAUCUUAAACUAUAUUUGAUUCAGACAAUCUCUCUUUCAAGACCGUAUCUUUCCGGCAAAGCUUAAACCCUCACCACAGCCAAGUGUUUGCCUUUUUUGCUCUUCUCUAUUAAAAGAUUCAGACUUUCAGUUUCAUCUCUGUCUUUGACUUUUUGUUUUCUCUCAGGCGAUCUAAAAAAAAUCCGAUGAAUUCACAUCUCUUCCGAGUAAUCUGUAUACUCCACUCCGUUAUCGCACUCACGAGCGGGACCCUGAUGAUGUUCUACACAGAGAAAGCCUCCAUCUUCGGCCACGGCAGCGACAUAGCUAACAAGCUCAAAGGCUCAACGCCUCACGACGAGCUGCUCAUCCGGAUCUCUCAGUCUUUCUCCGGUUUGCUCCUCUUUGCGAUAGGUUUGGUGCUGUUCAUGGUGUCCUUUGUUAAGGAUACAGAGUUUCAUGGCUUCUUCGCUGGAGGGUCGGUGAUUCUCUAUGUGCUUAUGGCGUUGUGGAGAGUUGUGUUUGAGUGGAAGGUUGAAGAUCUUGCGUUUGAGUGUCCUAAGCAAGCACUUGGAGAUAUUGCUUUGGCUGUUUCGUGGGUGUUCUUUCUAGUUUAUACUUGGAGGGAGAAGUAUGAUUGAUUGGUUGAUGAUGCAAGAGAACCAUUAGCUUUGGGGGGAAGUGAAGUGUCUUUAGAUCAAAACCAUUGUCGGUUCUCAUAGUUGUCAGAAGAUCAAGUGUGAAUUAAUUGGAUUUUGUUGUUGAUAUAGAGGAAUUGUCAAUGAAAAUAAAGUGUUGGUGACUAUCAGUGUUGUAAAUAAUUUGUUGGUGACUAUCCCUUUUCUUCUUUAAGUGUGUAUCAACAUCUCGUCAAGGUAAGUGUGAUGGUUCUGUGGACAAUAAUCACAUUCAUAGGAGCUCCAUUCUUUCAGAGUCCAUAGACCAUAGAUAGCUUAAUAAACUCCAUUCGCUCAGCCUCACUGUCUGCUACACUAACAAAAAGUUUAACUUCAUCACUUCUCUGUCUUUGUAGUCAACAACAUCAAGAGACAUUUCUUUCAAAACAUGGGCCUGGACCAUUUCAAGCCCAAGCCCAGAAGACGGGUCCAUAAUUCAAUUUCGAUGCCUUGGUGAACUUGUGGUGUGGAUACUUACACAUUCAAAAAUCAAAAAUUCUAAACAGGUGGCUCUACUUUUCAAUAUUCGUUUCAUUUAUUUAAGUCGCCGCCUUCUUCUCCAAGCCUAAAGGUCUCUUCUUUUCACCUGUUCUCAUUUGAUUUUUCCUCUGCAAAUUCAUUCAAAGGAUGAGUAACCAACCAGCAAAAGACGGUGCUGUUCCUCCACCCGUUUCAGAUAGCAAGGCUGCUGCAGCUGCUGCAGAGACAAAACCAAAGAAGAAGAUAUGUUGUGCUUGCCCUGACACCAAGAAGCUGAGAGAUGAGUGCAUCGUCGAGCAUGGUGAACCAGCUUGCGCUAAAUGGAUCGAAGCUCAUAAAAUGUGUCUCCGUGCUGAAGGUUUCAACGUCUGAAAAAGGCUUCUUUUUUUUCCUACUUAGAAUAUAUAAUUUGAUGGAUCAAAAGUAAUGAGAGCAGUUCAUUGCCCCCAAAGAACAAGAGAUUGAUUCAUCUUGAGGAUUUGUAUUUGGAUACAGAGUCCCCAUUUUGUUGUGGUUGAAAAUAAAAGUCCAAAGAAACUAAACAAGCA